UGAUGACGUCAGGUUGACGUGUUUUUGGCGGUCUGUGCGAACCUCAGUUUGGCGCCAACAGGAUCAGCUGACGGAGUUCUCGGCUUUCCUCUCCAGACUUCCUUGACAAGUGAACGUCUAGUGCAACAGUUACUAGUACGCCUGCUAGUACAUAAGGCCGGUCCUUCAGGUUUAACGUUAAGAUGAUGCUCGGAGCUACAGCUGUGCUCGAGGGUGGUCAAGAUAUUUGCAGCGUGGACUUGGUGACUAAACCGCCGAGAAAGGGACAGAUCCAGGUUAUAUUUGGACCAAUGUUCUCUGGAAAAACGACUGAGCUUGUGCGAAGGAUUCAGCGCUAUAAGAUAGCCAAACAGAGUUGUGUCCUGAUCAAGUAUGCAGGAGAUGACCGAUACGACAAGGAUGGCAUAGCCACUCACGACAGGUAUGUGACUGAAGCUGUGGCUACGACCAAAUUAUAUGACAUCAAGGACGACGUGUUGUCUUGCCAGGUGAUCGGGGUCGACGAAGGCCAGUUUUUCCCAGAUGUUGUUCCUUUCUGUGAUGAAAUGGCAAAUCAAGGCAAGACUGUUAUUGUGGCUGCUCUGGAUGGAACAUUCCAGAAAAAGGGUUUUGGUGACAUCUUGAACCUUGUUCCUCUGGCUGAGAGUGUGAUCAAACUGCAGGCGGUGUGUAUGAGCUGCUACAACCACGCAUCCUACACAAAACGACUGGGACAGGAAACAAAGGUAGAAGUGAUUGGUGGCUGUGAAAAGUACAUGGCAGUUUGUCGUGACUGUCACCAGCUGUCCCCCAGUAAGAUAGUUCAGAAGGAACUUGUGGCCACUGAAACACCAGGAGCAAAGGACAGACAGACUAGUACCAGUAUGUGUCGGCAGCUUUUCCACACAUAGUCAUAGGUCAUCUCACCUGACUUUCUGAAUGUACAGUCAAACCUGUAUUAGCGGCCACCUUUGCAUAGCGACCACCCGGCCAUUGCGGUCAAUUUUGGCAUUAAGGAAUAGUCUAUAGCGACCACCAGUCCAACACAGAUACACUGCCUAUGCAACCAGAUGUCACCCUGUGGCGAGUUUAAAAUCAUAGUUGGCGAGGAUUUGGAGUUCCCGACAGGGUCAUUUUGGCGGUAGCAGAAGUCUUUGUUGGCGAAUUUACCAACAUUACGCAUGGCAAUAUCAAUCAUUUUUGGUAGAUUUGACUUUGGCAGGGUCUGUUAAACUUUGAGACUAUCGAGACAAUGUUACUUGGUGAGAAAGAUUAGUGGGUACUGACAUCAUAUGUAACUUAUUGCUCUUGGUCAAUUGAUUAGCAUUUUCUCUAUAGUGACCACCUACAGUCUACACAUUUCUCUGGUCCCUUUAUUGGCCGCUAUAGACAGGUUUGACUGUACAUGUAAUUCAACAACAGGAAAUUAUGCAACUGUUGACUGUUCUGUUAAGUUUUAAACAUGUUGAUUCUGAAAUUACUUCAACAUCAAGCAAUUGUCUUCAUAUCAGGGCUAAUCAGGCCCUUACACACAUGUAGAUCUAUCUUGUGUCUGUGUUACAAUAGAUCAGAUUCUGCUAAUUUUGUGAUUAUUUUAGGCUAUCAGAAUUGUACAAAUUCCCUAUGGUUGUUCAUUGUCUAACCUCUUUGGGAAUAUAUGAUGUAAAUGCAGAAAAUGUCUUCAGUCUUAAUUUGUUCUUCUGGUCCUUAUUUGGAUUCUAUGUAAAAUUAUUGUUAUAAUGGUCAUUUACAUUUGUCUUUUGUAAUGUGUAAUUGUGAAGAAAAGAAGUGACAAACUUUGUAUUAUUCUUUUCAUUGAACCUUGUUGAUUUCAGACAACUGAACUAUGGUGAGAAAGUCUGUACACUAUAAAUAAAAUAUACAAGUUGAUGACUGUCAGUAUUACAGAUCUAGAGUAAUACAG